AUGGUCAGAGACUACUACAAUGAAGGCGCAAUGGAUCUUAUUACCCUGCGCGAGAACGAAGCCGCCUUCGACCGGUACAAAAUCCUUCCCCGGAUUCUGACCAAUGUCGACCACAUUGACAUGAGCACUGAAAUUCUGGAUACCAAAGUAUCACUUCCAUUCGGAUUCAGCCCGGCCGCCUCGCAGAAACUCGCUCAUCCUGACGGAGAAUUGGCGUCGUCUCGUGCGGCCGCCAAAUUCGGCAUCUGUAUGGGCUUAUCAUCCUACUCGAAUUAUUCCCUAGAGGAUGUGGCCGUUCAAGGAAUGGGUAAUCCAUACGUGAUACAGGUGUGUGUAUUACGAGAUCGAUCUAUUACUCUCCAGCUCUUGGAUCGGGCGGAAAAGGUGGGAUACAAGGCACUCUUCCUGUCGGUUGAUGUGCCUGUGCUAGGGAAGCGAUUGAAUGAGUAUCGCAAUAACUACCAACUGCCAGAGGACAUGAAUUGGCCCAACAUUCUUAGUUAUGGCGGUGAUACUUCGAAUCGGACUGAUUAUGACCCCAGUCUUGACUGGGAAAGCACGAUCCCAUGGCUCAGGAAACAUACAUCGCUGCAAAUCUGGCUUAAAGGAGUCUGCUCCCCUGCCGAUGUGGAACUGGCUAUCCAUUACGGCAUCGAUGGAAUCGUUGUCUCGAAUCACGGUGGUCGACAACUCGACGGUAUUCCCGCGACUUUAGAUUCCCUUAGAGUAUGUGCCCAGGUUUCCCGAGGACGGAUACCGCUUGCUAUUGACGGUGGCAUUCGACGUGGUUCGGAUAUCUUUAAGGCGCUAGCACUAGGGGCGAGCUACUGUUUUGUGGGAAGAAUUCCAAUCUGGGGGCUUGCUUAUAACGGGCAAGAGGGCGUAGAGCUGGCCAUCAGGAUUCUGCGCCAGGAGUUGAGAAUCACAAUGGCGCUGGCUGGGUGUCGAUCUAUUAGUGAAAUCCGAGAAAGCUAUCUGUCAAUUUUAUAUCCUGAUGGAAAGCUCUCAAAGUUGUAG